AUGACUGAAGACCCCCAGCUGGACAGCCCCUCGCCGGAGGGCGAUGCACCCAAGAUUCCAGGUUCCCGGAGAGUGCCGAAGAAGCGGACCAAAACCGGUUGUUUGACCUGCCGCAAACGCCGCAUUAAAUGCGGCGAGGAAAAGCCAAUAUGCAGCAACUGCGUCAAAUCCAAGCGCAGCUGCGAGGGCUAUGCACAGCGCGUUGUUUUCAAGAACCCUCUAGGGAUUUUUGGAUCCCAUGGUCCACCUCAAGUUCAGGACCCACAGAUGCAGCAUCAGAUGCGAAUGCCCUUAUUCAGUGAAUACCCUCUCCCGGCUCAGCAAGCUGCUGCCGCUGCUCAACAUCCGAUGUUGGCUCCGCGGCCGAUCGAUGCCGCCACAAUUGGUUAUCAUAGUUACCCAUCUUCUGAUAUCGCCCCGUUAGGGCCACCGCAAAUAAUCAAUGCACCUAAAUUCUACUAUCCAGCGCCGCAGGUACAACCACCUCAGACUUGGCCAACACAGCCAACGGUGCAACAUGGACGUGGGCAAAUACCCUCGGCUAUUGUUAAUCACUCACAGUUCCAGACUUCCCAGACUCAGCCUCGCUCUGGUCAAGAUAAUUCCCAGUAUACUGAAGAGCAGUACCAACCAGGGUACAGGCAAGAUGGCUAUAAGCAAGACGAGUACAAACAAGAGACCGAUCCUCAAUACCCCCCACCAAUCACCAAUUGGGCGAAGUUUCCGGGCCAAGACUUUGCUUCGGCAUCUGUACCGCCAUAUACUGGCGAUACAGUAUGGGACAACAGUUACGACGGCAACCUGUAUCCCCAGACAAGCAUUCCGCCUGGGCUCAUUUACCAUUACCAGCAGCAACAUGGGCCGCUCUCUCCGCAGUUCGAUUCAUCCGCACAAUACAUCCCCCAAUCACAAACACAAGUCGUAUAUGUGGAGGAUGAAGCGGAAGACUACUACGAUGUCGAAUCCGAAGAUGACAUGGUGGAUCAGACCCAGGCGGAAGGCUUCAACCAGUUAAGCUUAAUCAUGGCCUCUGCAAAUCACGACGACAGCCGCCUUCGCUCCUUUACUACACACUUGAAUGAACCUAACAUUCUCGCCUCCUACUACCCACACCUGGGGUCAUCUCCCCUCAACAACCCCAAGACAGCUCGAAUUUUCGCCCACUUCCUUCAUUCCACGGGGCCCUCUUUGUCUAUAUUUGAACGACACCCGACGGACUCGUCGAUUACCCUAGGUGAUCCGGUUUCACCUGCGCAGCAGGGCCUUUGGACAUACACUCUCCCACUUAAAGCCAUGGAACACCCUGCAUUAAUGCAGGCCAUUCUUGCGGUUUCCAGCAUACAUAUUGCAUACCUUCAAGGUGUCCCCACUACGAUUUCUCUCAAGCACUAUCACUAUGCAUUGAAGCGCAUUGGUAAGGCCGUUGGCCUCCCGCACAGGCGCAAGCAACUUGGAACAUUGGCAGCCACCGAGCUACUCGCAUACUACGAGGUCAUCUCUGCCGAUCACUCAAAGUGGAACAGCCAUGUCGCCGGUGCCGCUCAGCUGAUCAAAGAGAUUGACUUCGCCCGCACCACUCGAGACCUUCGGGCUCAUCGACGACAAAUGAACGAGCAGCAACACCAAAUGGGAUGGAAUAAUAUGUCGAUGUACAAUCCUGCAUUUGGUAGUGUCAUCAACGAAGAUGAUCCAUUCGCCGAAAGAGAGACUAGCGUUGAUGGAGCUUUCAUCGGAUCCCUUCUGGGGCGAGCAGUCAACUACGACCAGUUUGGACUCAUUGAGGAAGGACAGACAUAUACUCCAAGGAGACAAUUCACCCGCAAGGACAUUGAGAACUUCCGCAUCCAGUGUGACUUAUACUGGUGGUACACCAAGCAGGACGUCUUUCACAGUCUGAUUAGUGGAGACAAACUUUUUAUGCCCUAUUAUUUGCAAGGACAGUGUCCGCCACGAGCAGGUGUCGGUCGGAUUGAUGCCAUUUACGGCUCUGCUGAUCAUCUCUGGCUGCUCCUCGCCCGAGUGAGCGACUUUGGAUAUCGGGACCGGAAGCGUAAGCUGAAAUCUAUCCGUGCGAGUGGAAAAGAUUGGAGGCCUAGCCCGGGGAUGUUCAAAUUCAUGGGUCGCUUCAGUAAAGGCGACCCUAAUAGACGACCAGGUCCUCCUGGGCCACCCGGGCCACCCGAACAACCUGGUGGUCCACCAUCUGGGCAGGGUUCUAUAUCUGGGCCUCCUCCAGGUCCUCCAGGUCCGCCGCUCCCAGUCGCCGGACCUCCGCCUCAAAGUGGUCCUCCCAUGUACGGAAUGGUCCCACCACAAGGGCCCACUCGUCUCCCAUCAGGAUUUGUAGAUGACCGUCGCAAGAAGGAAGACUUACCCGAAGAAGACAAAGAAGACUUUUCAUAUGCCGAAGCAGACCAGGAAUGGGAGGAAAUCAUGGUCGCCAUGGAUACAUACGCUCAGGCGCUGGGUCGAGAUUUCCAACCUCUCCCAGCAGAUGUCACGACGGCCAUCUCAAGUCCAUUUGGACCCGCCCUCCAGUAUCGAACACACACGAUUGCCGUUAUCUGGGGAUUCUACUAUGCUGGACGAAUCCUACUCAAACGACUUCAUCCCUCCAUGCCCCCGGCCAUGAUGAUGUCGGCUGGUGUGGCAGCCUCAACCACAGCGGAAUAUGCACAAAUCAUUGGCAGAAUAGCCGCAGGCAUCUACUAUCCCCAGCGCUACAACCUCAAGGCUGGCAGCCUAAGCCCAACCCUCGGCUCGUCUCUCCAGGAGAUGACAAUGCCAAUGUUCUUCGCCGGGGUGCAGUACGUAGAUCACGCGCAGCGAGGCUGGACAAUCGCAAAGCUGCGAGACAUCUCUCGUCUAACGGGCUGGAAAACCUCCGACGCUAUCGCCGGUGGCUGUGAAAAGGCAUGGAUUGUUGCAGCCAAAAAUGGCCGUGGGCCACCAUACGAAAGAAGCUUCGAGCCUGACCGUGAGCGUCAUGAGCAGGAUGUCCUCUCUCGAGCUGAGGGGGCGCAGUCUAGUGAUCGACGCUUCACAGUAACUGGGCCAGACCGGGCUUAUUUGGCGAUGGGGCUCUUGAGCUUGGAGGGUGACAUGCAAAAUUUGGAAUUAUAG